UACGGCACGGUUCGCACAGUAGUCGUGGCUCCGCUCAGAACCUAACGGCCUGUCGCGCGAGUGCUGUUAUGUUUUAGUGAAAUUUGUCUACUUAUAUUUUUACGUUGUAAUAAAUUAAGAAGGACUUGUAAAAAUAAGAAGAUCGACUGCUAUAAUCAAUAUGUGUACUCUGUGUGUGCGUUAAGAAUGGGUUUAUAUUGUUCCUGGACAGUGUAAAAUGUGUCUCCUAGUGCGAGACGUUUGUAACCAUGACAGUAAAGACGAUCACCUGCUGAAGUGACCGUGGUACAGCGACAACUGUCACGUCUGCCCAGCAGGAGGUCCUCACACUCUAAAUGCGCGGAUGGCGAUGUACCUGUUCGCCAGUCGGAUCUCGGCGGCAGUCUGUGCCCGCACGGCGCCGCCGUCUCCGACGCAUGCGGCAGCCACUUGGCCCGACGGCGGCACAGGACCCGGUCCCGGGCCCGGACCCAGCGGCAGACCCGUCUGCCUCCUCCAGCCCAGGAAGGCCAAGUCUCAAAAGAAGGUGGUAUUGGCGGUGACGACUACAGAAGAGCUGACCAUGGAGAAAGAGCCCUGUAUUGAUAAACCCGGAUGCAUUAAUCUGCCACCUCCCUACCAUGAGACGGAAGUACCUCCACCGCUGGUGCAUGACGAGGGACAUCUAGUCUCCGGAACUCUGGAGGCUCUAGGACAGCUUCUGGUGCCGACUACAGACUCUUACCCUGACCGCGGGUUUAUGUUCGCCUUCCUCCUCACCUCUCGACUGUUCAUCAGACCUCACGAGCUGCUAGAGCAAGUCUUAGCCGCGUGCCACGCCCAGCAGUCUACCUGUGAUAAGCCUUCUACUGCCAAAGAACGACUUGAGCGUCUGAUGCCACCUAUGGUUAGACUCCUGGAGGAGUGGACGGACAUGUUUCCGUACGACUUUCGGGACGAUCGGAUGACGGCGGCGGUCCGAGGAAUUACUCAGGGAUGCGAUUGCGUACCGCAGGUCUGUGACGAUGUCUCUAGACUUCUGCAGACUCUGCUGGAACGUCUGGAGCGGCUGGAGAGAUUCGAGGACCAGCUGGCCAACCUGGAACUGGAGUCUACUACUAAUGAGAGGAGUCAACUUCCAGCGACAGACGUAGCCGGGGUGUGCGGUACGGCCAGUGUGCUCGCACAGCAGCUGACUGGCCUGGAACUGGAGAGGAUGUCGUAUAUCGGUCCGGAGGAGUUCAUUCUGGCGUUUAUGCGAGACGUGUCACACCCGCUACACCAAGGAAAGGACGUGAAGAAAACCAACAACCUGGAGUCAUAUGUAGCUUGGUCCUGUCAUCUCAGCCAACUGGUUGCCACGGAGAUUUGCAAGCAAGCAGCAAAAAAGCAGCGCGUGAAGAUAACAGAGUUCUGGAUUGAAGCAGCUAAGGAAUGUUUCAAUAUUGGCAACUUUAACUCAUUGGCCGCCAUAUUAGCUGGCCUGAACAUGGCACCUGUCUCCAGGUUGACUAAGACUUGGACCAAGGCGGGUAGUGAGAGGCUGACGGUGCUGCGCCAGGCCAUGGACUCAGCAGCUGACUACGACAACUACAGAGCUACUCUGAAGGCGGCUGUGUGGCGGGCAGCAGGUAGCUCCAGCAGCCAGAAUAUCGUUAUCCCUCUCUUCGCUCUCUUCGUCAAGGAUCUCUACGGUCUCGCGGAUCCCUGCUCCAACAAAUUGCCCGGUGACCACAUCAACAUGGAGGCCGUGUGGCUGCUAGCGAAGAGUUUGACUGACUUCAUCAGCUGGCAGCAGACUGUGUGUCCUUUUACUCGGUGUGCUAAAGCUGUCGCCUACCUGCAAGCCUCCCCAGUCCUCUCUGACAAAGCUUUGAUGUUGGCGUCGUUUGACUGCGAGAGCCCUGAAACAAGCUUGGAAAAAGAACGUUAUAUAACAUUAAAAUUGGUCUGACGUGAACCUCUUUCAGGAAAAGUGAAUAAUAUUAUCUGCUCAAACAGUCUGUACCACAUGUAAUGGAGUGUGAGUUCAAAAAUAAAUGCACGAAGUCGUGAUUUCACUUUGUUAUACUAAAUGUAUAGGGAUUAUGUAUUAUAUGUUACUACAAGCAAACUGUAAAGUUACUAAAAACAUGUUAUAAAUAUUUAAAAUGUAUAUUGGUCUUAUAUAGAUAAGAGUUAUAAGACUGUGAUUUUGUGAUAAAGUUUGUAAAUAAUAGACAAUUUUAUACAAAGUUUAUAAAUAAAAUAUUAUUUCCAUA